GUACAACAUGGACGCCUGGCAUUGGCAUCGCCAUGGCAAUCCUUUUGGCAGCUUCCUAACUAUCGCCUUUUUUAUACAUUUUACACGAGUUUUUUGAUAUCAACGCAUAGGUACAGUGAAUGUGCGUGCGUGUACGUUAUGACGUAACUGCGGUGCAGUGACCGCGGAGGCGCCCAAAAGAGCGUGGUAAACGUGAAAAGUGCGGGCGGACCUAACCACAUUCAGAGUCUGAAUAGCGACACAGGUGCGUACCCACAGGAACGUCCCACAGAGGGAUGUUCGAGGUAUCCGAGCAGUAGCGACCGACGCACGUGGCACGCUGCGACGGUGGUGUUAAGUGUGCAGUGAUCACGGGUGACCGAGGGAAGACGGGAGAGAAGGUGGUCAAUAUGACUCCUAUCUUCCUCGUCCUGUUGCUGGCGAUUGACCCGAUUGUCGCGCAGAGUGGCGGAAACAUCAGCGACUCGCAAUACAUCACGUACAUGACAAGUCCGCCGACGAUCCUGGUGAGGCCACAGUCGCAGCAGGUGAAGGCAGGCGGGAUAGCCAGCUUCUACUGCACUGCGGAAGGCGCGCCGCCGCCCCAAAUACACUGGCGGAAGAACGGCAAGAGAAUUUCACAAUCCCAAUCCCGAUACGUGGUGCACCCGUAUGAAAAUGGUGCUUUACUGCGGAUCGAACCUGUCAAGCUACAACGCGACAAUACCAACUACGAGUGCCUAGCUGAGAACGGAGUCGGUGACGCGGUUUCGGCCGAGGCUACACUCACCGCUUACGAAGUGGAGCAUCUACCGACGGGUUUCCCGAUGAUCACUCAGGCGCCCACGACGAAGGUGGUCGAGAUGGGUCACAACGCGGUACUUCUUUGUACGGCGAUUGGCUCUCCGCCGCCGAUCAUCUUUUGGGUGCGAGACAUGCUGCCUAUCGAUACGUCGAAUCCACGAUACACGGUCCUGGAUUCCGGUGCCUUGCAGAUUACCGAAUCCGAUGUAACAGAUCAGGGAAAGUAUGAAUGCGUCGCUAAUAACACCGUGGGCACGGAGUACUCCAAGUCAAUCACGUUAUAUGUGAAACAACGACGCGUUUCACCGACCUUCUCGAUCCCUCCGCCGCUGCUAACCGAGGUGAUGAUGGGCGCAUCGCUGAAUCUCACGUGCGUCGCGGUGGGUGCACCGAUGCCCUUCGUCAAAUGGAGAAAGGACCCCGCGACCGACUUAACGCCGGACGACAACCUACCGGUCGGCAAAAACGUCCUGGUGCUGAACGACAUCCAAGAGUCUGCGAAUUACACGUGCACGGCCGCCAGCGACCUCGGCAUAAUCGAUGCCGCGGCGAUGGUGAAGGUUCAAUCUCUUCCCGGACCGCCGGAGAACGUUCAAGUGUCAGACAUCACGGCGACGUCGGUGAAGCUGAGCUGGUCGUACAAAGGACCGGAUGAGCUGCAGUACUACGUAAUUCAGCAUAAACCGAAGCACGUGAACCAGGCAUUCGCCGAGAUAUCCGGUAUCACGACUAUGUAUUAUCAUGUUAGGAGUCUCAGCCCGUACACGGAGUACGAGCUCUAUGUGAUAGCCGUGAAUAGCAUCGGGCGUGGUCCCCCAAGUGCCCCGGUGAUAGUCACCACUGGUGAAACAACGGAAUCGACGAAUGGAGGUGCCAAACCCGGUACAGCGCCGCGGAAAGUUCAGGUACGGCCACUGAGCUCCAGCACGAUGGUCAUACAGUGGGACGAACCGGAAACUCCGAAUGGCCAAGUGACGGGAUACAAAGUGUACUACACGACCGACUCGAAUCAACCGAUGGCGUCGUGGCAGUACCAGAUGGUGGAUAACAGCCAGCUGACGACGAUCUCAGAGCUGACCCCGCACACCAUCUACACCAUCAGAGUCCAGGCGCUGACCAGCGUCGGUCCCGGACCGCUCAGUCUACCGGUGCAAAUCAAAACGCAGCAAGGGGUACCGAGUCAGCCCGAAAUGUUAACGGCGGUCGACAUCGGGGAGACCAAAGUAACGCUCCAAUGGAGCAAGCCCGCUCAUAGCGCUGAGAACAUUCUCAGUUAUGAGCUGUAUUGGAACGACACUUACGCCAAGGAGAAGCACCAUCGCAGGAUACCGGUCACCGAGAACUACACUCUGACCGGCUUGUAUCCCAACACCUUGUACUACGUGUGGCUGGCAGCGAGGAGUCAGAGAGGGGAGGGUGCCACGACGAUACCGUAUCCGGUUCGCACCAAACAGUACGUCCCCGGGGCUCCGCCUCGCAAUGUAACCGGCCAAGCGAUCAGCCCAACGUCCAUAUUGGUAACGUGGGAGCCGCCGGCCGCUGAACGUUCCAACGGGAGGAUCACCUACUACAGACUGCAAGUCGUCGAGAGCGGUCGCUCCGACUCCGAGGCGAAGAUUAUCAAACUGAAUGACACGCGUUUCGUAUUGGACGAGCUCAAAAAGUGGACCGAGUAUCGGAUCUGGGUAUUGGCCGGGACCAGAGUAGGUGACGGGCCCCCGAGUUAUCCUAUCUCGGUCAGAACUCACGAGGACGCUGAAAAAAUGCCGGGGGAUCCUCAGGAUGUCACAGCCGUUGCCAUCAACUCGACGGCGAUACAAGUGAAGUGGAAGCCGCCGAAGGCGAAAGAUCAAAACGGCGUUAUACGUGGCUACCACAUACACGUGCAGGAAGUGAGGGAGGAGGGGAAAGACCUACUGAACGAACCGAUACGUCGAGACGUGCACGAGGAUGGCGUGCUUGAGGUGAAUAUCACUGGAUUGCAACCCGACACGAGAUACUCGGUGCAGGUAGCAGCUCUGACGAGAAAAGGAGACGGGGAUCGUUCGGUACCGGUUCACAUUAAGACACCGGGCGGCGUGCCGAACAGACCGCAGGUCAACGUGAAGGUGCUCAGUAGGGGUCCCGACGUUCUAGAGCUCGAAUGGGCAGCACCUACCCAAACCUACGGUAAUCUUCUGGGAUACCGUAUUCGCUAUGGCAUAAAAAAUCAAACGCUGAAGGAGGAAUUCAUCGACAACAUGAAUCAACACACGUACAAGAUCACGGACCUUGGCGAACAAGGCGUGGACUAUGAGUUCAGGGUGGCGGGCAAGAACAACAUCGGCUACGGCCAAGAGACCGUGCGGUACUGGUUCAGCCCAGAGGGCGAACCGACCGGGCCACCGACGAAUCUGUCAUAUUUCUUUCAAACCCCCGAUACCGUGUGCGUCACCUGGGACAAGCCUCAACGACAGCACAGGAACGGACAGAUAAUAGGCUACGAUGUGCAAUUCAACAAGAAGAAUGACCAUUCCACCACCAUCGACCGGAACACGACCAAAACCAGGGCGGUGUUCACCGAUCUCGAGGAGAACACAGAGUACGUGUUCCACGUGCGGGCGCACACGUCACAGGGUAGCGGUCCGUAUUCCGAGAAGAUUACGAUAAUAACGGAGAAGGACAUCGGCAGGGCGCCGAUGUCCGUGAGAGCCGUGGCGACAUCGGACUCCAGCGUGGAGGUGUGGUGGGAGCCGGUACCUAAUCGAGGCAAGAUCGUUGGGUAUCAGAUUUUCUACACGACAACCGCUGUGGAGGACUUGGAUGAAUGGAAGCAGAAGAGCGUCGGUCUCACGGAAUCGGCGGACUUGAUCAAUUUGGAGAAGUUCACUCAGUACGCUAUAACGGUGGCGGCGCGUUACAAGACCGGCCUGGGGAGACUCAGCGAAAAGGUCACGGUGAAGGUAAAGCCGGAGGACGUACCGUUGAACCUCAGAGCACCAGACUCGUCCACGCACUCGAUGACGCUCUCUUGGACUCCACCCAUCAGACUGACCCCGAUAAAGUACAAGGUGUCGUUCGAUGCUGUGAAGGAGUUUGUGGACUCGCAGGGUAUAACGCAGACGCAGAUAGUGCCUCGUCGACAGAUCCUGUUAGAACCUCAAGUAACAAGCACGACGAUCAACGAGUUGCAGCCGUUCACGACUUACAACGUCAACGUGAGCGCCGUACCGCGCGAUUCUCAGUACAGACCACCGGCUAAGAUCACAGUCACUACGCAAAUGGCUGCACCUAAGCCGAUGGUAAAGCCGGAUUUCUACGGCGUGGUGAACGGCGAGGAGAUCCAAGUGAUUCUGCCGCAGGCAUCUGAGGAAUACGGUCCGAUCUCACACUACUACCUGAUCGUCGUGCCCGAGGACAAGAGCACAGCUGACAAACAGCCGGAUGAAUUGACCGAAGACAUGAUCACGGGGAAAGGUGCUAAACAAGAGAGAGAAAACGCGCCGUACAUCGCCGCCAAGUUUCCACACAGAGACAUUCCGUACACGUUCCAUCUGGGAAGCGGGGAUAUCUACGAGGGAUACGAAAAUCGGAAACUCGUCAAAAACAAACGAUACAGGAUAUUCGUACGGGCUGUGGUCGACACUCCGCGAAAGCACUUGUACACGUCGUCACCAUUUUCCGAAUACCUGUCUUUGGACAUGAGGGAAGUACCUCCCGGCGAGCCGCCGCGUCGACCAAACCCCAACACGCCCCCGGAUGGAAACCCAGAGGUGUCCGUGAAAACUAGCGGUCAGGAACCGGGCAUGUUGUGGGUAGUUGGUCCCAUAAUAGCGGCACUAAUGGUCAGCGUCUGCUUUGUGCUCUUAUUCGUCAUCAAAAAAAGGAGGCAGCCUUGCAAAGCACCGGAUCAGGCGGCUGUGACGCGGCCGCUCAUGGCGGCGGAUAUUAGUUCCAAUCACGCGCCGUCCGAUCCAGUGGAGAUGCGGCGGUUGAAUUUCCAAACCCCCGGCAUGAUCUCGCAUCCGCCAAUACCUAUCAGCGAAUUGGGCAAUCACAUCGAACGCUUGAAGGCGAACGACAAUCUAAAGUUCAGUCAAGAAUACGAGUCGAUAGAACCGGGCCAACAAUUCACGUGGGACCACUCCAAUAUGGAAGUGAACGCGUCGAAGAAUCGCUACGCCAACGUGAUCGCGUACGAUCAUUCACGGGUCAUCCUUCAGACCGUCGACGGCAUGCCCGGCUCGGACUACAUCAACGCGAAUUACUGCGACGGCUAUAGAAAACAGAACGCGUACGUGGCCACACAGGGACCGUUGCAGGAGACGUUCGGGGACUUUUGGCGCAUGUGUUGGGAAUUACGCACCAGCACGAUCGUAAUGAUGACAAAGCUGGAGGAAAGAACGAGGAUCAAAUGCGAUCAAUACUGGCCUACUCGGGGUUCCGAGACGUACGGUCAAAUGACGGUGACGAUUAGCGACGUGCAAGAACUAGCGACCUAUUGCAUUCGCACGUUCCAAGUUUGCCGAGCGGGCUAUUCCGAGCGGCGAGAAAUCAAGCAGUUGCAAUUCACCGCCUGGCCGGAUCACGGCGUGCCGGAGCACCCCGCGCCGUUCUUGCAGUUCUUGCGCAGAGUUAGGUCCCUCAACGUGCCCGACAGCGGACCGCUGGUAGUGCACUGCAGCGCUGGUGUCGGAAGAACCGGCUGCUUCAUCGUGAUAGAUUCGAUGCUGGAGAGAAUCAAGCAUGAGAAGAUGAUAGAUAUUUACGGACAUGUGACGUGCCUGCGCGCUCAGAGGAACUACAUGGUACAGACAGAGGAUCAGUACAUCUUCAUACACGAUGCCCUGCUCGAGGCGGUGAUCUGCGGCAAUACCGAGGUACCGGCGAGGAAUCUACACUCUCAUAUCCAGAAGCUCAUGCAACCAGAGAUCGACAACAUCACCGGAAUGGAGUUGGAGUUCAAGAAGCUCUCCAACAUCAAGGCCGACUCGACCAGAUUUAUAUCCGCGAAUCUGCCGUGCAACAAGCACAAGAAUCGACUGGUCCACAUAUUGCCUUACGAGUGCACCAGGGUAUGCCUGCAGCCGCAACGUAACAUCGAGGGAUCCGAUUACAUAAACGCCAGCUUGAUCGACGGUUAUCGCUACCGGGGAGCUUACAUAGCGACACAAGGUCCUCUAUGCGACACCACGGAUGACUUCUGGCGUAUGCUAUGGGAGCACAAUUCCACGAUCGUCGUGAUGCUGACGAAAUUGAAGGAGAUGGGCAGGGAGAAGUGUCACCAGUACUGGCCGUCCGACCGAUCUAUCCGUUAUCAGUGCUUCGUCGUGGACCCGAUUGCGGAGUACAACAUGCCGCAAUACAUACUGCGCGAAUUCAAAGUGACGGACGCGCGCGACGGUGCGAGCCGUACGGUCCGGCAAUUCCAGUUCAUCGACUGGCCGGAACAGGGUGUCCCCAAAUCGGGUGACGGUUUCAUCGAUUUUAUCGGUCAGGUGCACAAAACGAAGGAGCAAUUCGGCCAGGACGGACCGAUCACCGUGCACUGCAGCGCAGGUGUCGGCAGGACGGGCGUCUUCAUCACCCUCAGCAUCGUGUUGGAGCGAAUGCAGUACGAGGGUGUCGUCGACAUCUUCCAGACCGUGAGAAUACUGCGCACGCAACGUCCGGCUAUGGUGCAGACCGAGGAUCAAUAUCAGUUCUGCUAUCGAUCUAGUUUGGAGUAUUUAGGCUCCUUCGAUCACUACGCCAACUGACAAGCCGACUCUCGCGAACAGAGGGAUCUGUCGAGGGACAAGCGAGACCGGCAACGGGGCGAGAGAGAUAUCGAGAGGGCAAAAGUACGACGUGUCUAGUACAAUAAAGUCGUGUGACAUACUCGUACCUUCCAAGGACAAAUGCAGCAAGAGUAGCGGAACGCGGUUACUAGUGUCGCGACCAGGCAGUUAAACAUAGAAACGAAACGAUUUAGUCAAUGAUGUUGCAGUAAAUUGCAAGAUUCCACGCCGGAAAUUUUCACUCUUCACGAGACACAGCAUGACACGGCCGAAUCGUGCCGAGGAGAUCGACUUUGAGCUAAAUCUUGUAGAGAUUAGAUUCCGAAAGUUCCCUCGCGAUGCAGCGAGUCAAAACUGCCGCUUAGAAAUAUACGUACAAUACACGCGUGUGAUUGUACGAACGAUCGCAUCAUACGUAGCUACGUUAUCGUACGUAGAUACAUGGUUUUUUCUUCUUUUUUGUUUACACGAGCCUCACUCGUCGAAACGAAGCAAAAGUGGACCCUUCAUUUCUAGACGUUCUCUCUCGUGUUCGAGGAAUCGGUCAAGUACGACGAUACAAUCAAAAUUGUGAGAUGAUGUAUCACGCUUAAGACUCACACUUUGCGAUUUAGUGAAUUGGAACAUAUCUCAUAUCGUCGAGUCGAUAAUUCGCAGAAGAACAAAACAAAAAAAAA